AGCACGUACGGUUGUAUAGCUGUCAUGAUCAACAUUGUGAUUUAGACGAUACAAUAGUUUCAGUACAAUGAAGUUUCUAUUAGUAAUACUACUAGCAUUGAUUAGUACUGUACCCGCGCUUAAUGAAAACAAGACUAAAUUAUCGAGCAUUCAAACAGGCUCAGCUAAAAUCUCGAUAGAGAGCAAAGUUAUUACAAAUAGUGGUGACAAUUUGAAUUGUGUAAAUGACAAGGAUUGUCCACCUUGGGCAAAAUGUAACAGUAGUAAAUGUGUGUGUAUUCCUACGAGCUCGUCGUAUUUCAAAUGCAAUAAAGACACGGUUCGGCUUUUAGUUAGUAGGUGUCACUGUGUGACAUUUAAUAAUGAAAUGGAAGAUUUGGUUACUGGAUUGUGUAUUGAAAACUGUGUGUUCAAGAGCGACAGAGAAACAUUUGCAUCACCACCUCUAAAUGUUUCACAACUGAACUACUUCAUGUGUGAGGAGAGGUGGAACAGAACAGGACGACUGUGUGGGAGGUGUCUACCUGGACACUCUCCACUGGCUUACUCUUACGACAUGAGGUGUAUGAAAUGCCCUGAGGGCAACAAAAAUAUCUGGAAGUUCAUUCUCGUGGCUUUUGGUCCACUUACUGCUGUUCAAGAUAAAUGCAACAUCUUCUCAUCUACAUGGCUACAUUAUUUUUGCCCAACUACUCUCACUUCCUCACUUUUACAGAAUUGCCAUUGCAUACAGUAAAAUAUCUCAAAACAAAGCAGAAAUGCCUCUAAAAAUUGUUGCAGCAAUGUUUGGAAUAUGGAAUUUGGAUUUCUUCAGAGGUCUCUACCCUGACAUUUGUCUUGAUGUGUCCACACUCACAGUCUUAGCUCUGGACUAUGCAGUGGCUAUCUACCCACUACUGUUGACUGCUGUCUCCUACAUCUUGAUUGAGCUACACGCUAGAAACUUCAGACUAGUGGUCAUCUUGUGGAGACCAUUUCGCUCCCUCUUUUUACUUGUACGUAAAAGCUCAGGCUGGGACAGUAAGACUACAGUAAUUGAUGCAUUUGCAACCUUCUUUUUGCUCUCAUUUACAAAGAUAGGAUGGGUCUCAUCAGAUUUGUUGAUAGCUACAGAGGUACACUUUAUGAAUGCUACUAUGAUUGUACCUUACUACGAUGCUACACUGGACUACCUUGGAAGAAAGCAUUUACCAUACGCCAUCAUAGCUUCUUUCUUCUGCCUAGUAUUUGUCUUCCUUCCAGUGUUGGUACUCAUUCUCUACCCUUUCAAAUGGUUUCAGAAACUACUAAACCGCACAAAACUUCACACACAAUUCCUAAAGGCUCUCAUGGAUUCCUUUCAAGGUUGCUACAAGGAUGGAACGGAACCUGGGACAAGGGACUGCAGAUGGUUUGCAGCCGUGCCUUUGAUUGGACGAUUUGGUUUGCUUGUUGCGUACAUUUCAAAGCUCCAAGAGAGUUUAGUGUCCCUGGCAAUUGUGAUAAUUGUUAUCAUCAUAAUUGCAACAACUACUAUUCAACCAUACAAAAAACGUUUUGACCGUUGUUUUAAAGUUGAUUUAUUUUUUUGGGGAAUGCUAGUAAUGUUCUUCAAUUCUCAAGACAAUUACAAUUAUGCUGCCUUCAAGAUUCCACAUGAAGUAGUGUUCACAGAAAUAUUUUCUCUUAUGACAAUAGCCAUUCUUCUCCUCUACAUGAUCAUUGUUACUAUUUAUUGGAUCUUGUCAAGAAUGAGAAAAAUAAAGGUUCUUAUCAAUCGAAUCAGAGCCUGGAGGAGUGGUUACGAAAACAUUGAAAAUGAAUCUCAUGAAAUUUUCCCAGACAGGGUCCUCAAUCCAGAGCAAUAUCAUAUCAGGAAGAAAUCCUACAAAGUUUAACGCUGAAAUAUCAAAGUUAACGCUAAUUUAUGCCUCCUUAAUUCUAGAUAAUAGCUUUUCAUGCACGUGUUCAUUAAUUUUGUUCUUUGCAAGAUCAUGGCUACAUUAUUUUUGCCCCACUACUCUCACUUCCUCACUUUUACAGAAUUGCCAUAAUACACAUGCACGUGUUCAUUAAUUUUAUUUGUUCUUUGCAAGAUCAUGAAGUUUUCAUAAUUUUA